CAACAAAGACGUAAGUUCGCGAUGCGUAUUUAAGGGUGGCUCCUCGUCGCGGCGGACCCCGAGCCGCAUCUCCGACGGUGAACCGAACAGGGAACUCUUCCUGCGAGUUUCACGGAAAAGACGUUGCCGGGAACCCACGACCGGCAAUAACAAUUCAGCGAUAGCAAUAGCGAUUCAGCAUUUGGAUUAGUUCGUUCACCACAACGAUUUUUUCCAAAUACACGAAUACAGUUGAUCAUGAUGAUGUCUCUCGCAUCUGGACCAAGCCAUGCAGCCUACACGUGGGGGGCGCAAGGAGGCGGAUUUGGUAAUCAAACAGUGGUGGACAAAGUGCCACCGGAGAUGCUCCAUCUGAUCGACGCUCAUUGGUACCAAUUCCCACCGAUGAACCCACUAUGGCACGCGCUUCUCGGCUUUGUCAUCGGUAUCCUCGGCAUGAUAUCCGUUAUCGGUAAUGGCAUGGUGGUAUACAUAUUCACCACUACCAAGAGCCUCCGUACUCCAAGCAAUCUGCUCGUCAUCAAUCUCGCCAUUUCCGACUUUCUUAUGAUGUUAUGCAUGUCUCCGGCUAUGGUGAUCAAUUGCUAUUACGAGACGUGGGUGCUAGGACCCCUGUUCUGUGAACUAUACGCCUUGGCGGGCUCCCUGUUCGGAUGUGGCUCCAUAUGGACGAUGACGAUGAUCGCAUUCGAUAGGUACAACGUAAUCGUCAAAGGCUUAUCUGCCAAGCCAAUGACUAUUAACGGCACCCUUCUUCGUAUAUUUGGCAUCUGGUUCUUCUCACUGGCUUGGACAAUCGCACCUAUGUUUGGGUGGAAUCGCUACGUACCCGAGGGCAACAUGACUGCUUGCGGAACCGACUACUUGUCCAAAGACCUGCUCUCCAGAUCGUAUAUCCUGGUUUACAGCAUAUUUUGUUAUUUCUUGCCGCUGUUCCUCAUCAUUUAUAGUUACUUCUUCAUCAUCCAGGCCGUCGCUGCACACGAGAAGAACAUGCGCGAACAAGCAAAAAAGAUGAACGUCGCUUCCUUGCGAUCGGCCGAGAAUCAGAGCACCAGCGCCGAAUGCAAACUGGCAAAGGUAGCUCUGAUGACCAUUUCCCUGUGGUUCAUGGCGUGGACUCCAUACCUGGUUAUUAAUUAUGCAGGUAUCUUCGAGACAGUCAAGAUCAGCCCGCUUUUCACGAUUUGGGGUUCUCUCUUUGCGAAAGCCAAUGCCGUGUACAAUCCCAUCGUAUACGGCAUCAGCCAUCCCAAGUACCGAGCUGCUCUCUUCCAGAGGUUCCCGUCUUUGGCAUGUUCCUCUCAACCAACUGGUGCGGAUACAAUGUCCACGACUACUACAGUUACAGAAGGGAAUGAAAAAUCUGCCGCAUAAAAUAACGAUGCUAUUAAUUUUUCUUUUUUUUUGACAAUGCAAUAGAUUUUCACUGAAUCGGCGUAAGGCCAUGAGAAAUAGUAUUAUAUUCUCGUCACAAAGGAAUCGCGCCACAUCAAACGUGAAUUGUAAAUAGCUGCAAUAAAUAAUAUAAUGUGCGUCAGAAAUACUGUUGUGUGAUCGGAGAGAAUGAAUUUAAUACUAUGUCACACAUAAGAAAAUCGUCAUACGAUUAACUGUGGUUCGAACGAGUAAUCAUCUACGCGGAGCCAAGACGGAGUAUG